AUGACUGAAUCAUUAUCCCUCCUCACACUACCGCCUGAGAUACUCGGGGCUAUUCUCGCAGUAAUCGGCUCUUCACUGGAAACUUUGAACUCUCUAGCUCAGUCCUGUCGCUACUUGCAUGCCAUCGCAGCACCUCUUCUCUACAGUUCGGUUGUCAUUCGGAGCCCGAAAUCUAUGGACCGCUUCCUUGAGACAGUUGAGAAUUCACACUACUUCACGUCUCUUAUACGAGAAUUACAGAUCCAUUAUCAUGAUCUGAAUGAGCAUACCGAUCACUCACCGGAGGACAUUGAGCCUGUGCUUCCAAAGCUUGUGAAUUUAGAGUCAUUGGUCAUUAGAUGA